AUGACUAGAGGCCUGACGCGUCAUUUCUCGCGUACCAAGGCUCAUCGGGAUGCGAUGUUCAGAAACCUGGUCACUCAGCUUUUCCAACAUGGAUCCAUAGUAUCGACGCAUGAAAAAUGUCAAGAAGCAGGUCGUCUUGCAGAAAGAAUCAUCACCAUGGCUAAAAACUUGAAGAAGCAUCCCAAUUCGGCUAAGGAGAUCCAAUCCCGCCUGUCCCUGGCAGGAGAUUCCAGCAAGCUCCUGAACCGUGUUGUUGGCGAGCUUGCACCACGCUACCAAACCAGACCCGGUGGAUAUACCCGUGUUUUGAAACUAGAGCCUCGUCUUGGAGAUCGUGCGAAACAGAGCAUUCUGGAGCUCGUGGAUGCUCCUGUUGUGGAUCAAAAGGGUGUGUUCCAAAGAGGAAACAUCAAACUUUGGAUACUUUGCAAAACUGCCAUUGCUAACGAAACCGCUAAUGUUCCUUACGCACCUUUGACCUUGCAAAAUUUUGCCAAGAUGUUCAAAUUCAAGUCGAAUCGCAACGAGUUUUUUUCGCGCGACGUAUUGGCUGUCAGACGUUUUAUAAAAGAAGACUCGAAGCUUCCAUAUGACGAGGCUACAGAGCUCCAAAUCAUAGCUCAGUUGCAAGAACAGAUAAAAACGCUACCAGAACAGGCGUCCUCGAACACUACCAAAACCCCAGGAUACACAGUGGUGGCAGAGAGACCAUCACGCUAA